UAAUUUACAUCAAAGCUACCUGAGAUUUAAGUUUCUUACAAUUUAGGACCAAAGAGCCUCAACACACACAGGUGGAGUGGUCGAAGAAGAAGACGAGAGAGAGACGAAAAUCACACAAGCUCUGAUAAGUCAUGCGAAUCUUUGCUGCUCGCCUCGCUAACCAUUUUCGCAGAGGGAGAAAUGGGUAUCCUCGAUCUCGGGACUUCUCCUCGUUGACCAAGAAAGAGGACCUUACAUUGGAGGAAGAAGCUGAGAGGAAGAUAGGAUGGAUGCUGAAGCUUUUCUUUGCUGGGACAGCAACCUAUGUUGGAUACCAGUUCUUCCCUUAUAUGGGUGAUACUUUAAUUCAGCAAUCAGUCUCGCUUUUACAUGUGAAGGAUCCCUUGUUUAAGAGGAUAGGAGCUUCUAGGCUUUCGCGUUUAGCCAUUGAUGAUGAAAGGAGGAUGAAGGUUGUAGAGUUGGGUGGGGCUCAAGAGCUUCUUCAUAUGCUGGGCGCUGCUAAAGAUGACAAGACAAGGAAAGAAGCUCUAAAAGCUCUUGCUGCUCUCUCUAAAUCAGAUGAAGCUGCCAACUUCCUGGGAUCUAAAGGAGCACUCUCUAUCGUCAAAUCCACUCCUGAUUCCGCCGAAGAUUCAGACAUUUCAACUUACAAGUCUAACAUACUCAAGAAGCUAGAUGAUAAAGACCUUUCUCUCUGAUUACAAUGUUUUUUUUGUUCAAUUGAAUAAUGGUCUACUCUAUAAAAAACAAGAUAAGGAAUAAGUUUUAAAGAAUUUGAAACAGUUUUGGUUU